GUGCGCGUCACGUGUCCCGAGGCGUGACGUAGACGUGACGUAACGUGCCGUGCCCCUCUCGUGCCAGUCAGUGGCGUCGACGACCCGUCCCGGGCCGGUCGCCUCUCCUCUCCCGCUGCUCCUCUCCCGGGCAUAAUGGCGUCCUUCUGCAGCUUCUUCGGCGGGGAGGUCUUCCAGAACCACUUCGAGACAGGCAUUUACGUGUGUGCCCGGUGUGGCUACGAGCUUUUCUCCAGCCGCUCCAAGUUUGAACACUCUUCCCCGUGGCCCGCGUUCACCGAGACCAUCCACCCCGACAGCGUGGCCAAGCGCGAGGAGCCCGGGAGGCCCGGCGCCUUCAAGGUGUCCUGUGGCAAGUGUGGCAAUGGCCUAGGGCACGAGUUCCUCAACGACGGACCGAGGCGGGGCCAGUCUCGCUUCUGAAUCUUCAGCAGCUCGCUCAAGUUCGUCCCAAAGGGUAAGGACGGCGGGGCCGCUCGGGGCAAGUAAGCGGGAAGUGGCCUCCUGGAUGCUGGCCCUCCCUGCCCCGGAACCACCUGCCCUGCCCCUCGGCCUCUCCCUGGCACCGGUGCCACUCUGCCCCUCCCCACCCUGGUCCUCGGCAUGAUGACUCGCCCUGGGGAAAGCCCUUCCGGAGCGCCAGGGCGACGACGGACGCCCGACCGGGUGGGCCGGGUCACGUGACCCCGCGAGGCCGUCGGCUCCUCGUCGGCCGGGAGCGGGUCUGCCCGCUGCCGGUCGCUUCCAAGCGCUCUGCACAUAGUUGGCCCUCAAUAAAUAUCACCAGUGGA